AUGGCAAGUAUACACCCGCAGAAGUCUUUCAACAAGAUAGACAAUGGCCUGGGCCCCAGCGACAACAUCUGUGAAGACCGGAACGUCUCAGCUGAGAGCCUCAUAGAAAUGGAGGGCUGGAGCAAGAGUGAGAGGGUUGAGGAACUCAUAAUCCCGAAUGUAACCUUUGAGAUUCAUAUCAGGCCCCUGGUAGUUCGCAGCAAGAAUUGUGCCAGGUGCCCGCGCAAUUUUCUGCAUCGCUAUCACCUGGCUUUCUUCGAUCUCGAUGGCUCGCCAAAGGAAGCAGCCUGGGAUUUUCUGGGUUGGUGGUUCUGA